GUUGAUUCGAAACGUUAAUACCAGAAUGAGACCGAAGAAUUCUGUUCUAAGGAAGAUUUGUCCGUGUUACGGCGAAAGUCUUGACAUGGAGUCUUACAACCGGGUGAACGACACUUCCGCAGCGCCUGAAAUGGUACCUGCAUCAACACAAGCAGAAGCGCUUGGACCUCUUGAUCGCUCCAUUGAGAUUCGUGAGCACUGCAAGGAGUUGCAAUUGUCUGAUGAUCAGAUCAGCGAGAUGAUGAGUCGCCUCCUGGAGGACAUCCAGUUGGGUCUUGGGAAAAACACACAUCAGAAGUCUAUUGUCAAAUGUUUUGUGACUUAUGUUCAGGACCUACCCAAUGGGACUGAACGUGGAAAGUUCCUGGCAUUGGAUCUUGGGGGUACGAAUUUCCGUGUCUUAAUCAUAACUCUUGGAGAAAAGCACUUCGAUAUGAAGUCUAAGAUUUAUGCCAUACCACAGAGUAUUAUGUUGGGAACAGGAACACAGCUGUUUGAUCACAUAGCAGAAUGCUUGGCAAACUUCAUGAAGGAGCACAAUGUGGGGGAGGAGCGACUCCCUCUGGGCUUCACAUUCAGUUUCCCACUCAAACAGAAGGGCCUCACUAAAGGUAUACUAGAACGGUGGACCAAGGGAUUUAACUGCAGUGGAUGUGUUGGGGAAGAUGUGGUUCAACUUCUGAAGGAUGCCCUCAGCAGAAGAAAUGAUGUUCAGAUUGAUGUCUGUGCCAUACUCAAUGACACAACAGGAACAUUAAUGUCUUGCGCAUGGAAGAAUUUCAACUGCAAGAUUGGCCUCAUUGUUGGAACUGGCAGCAAUGCCUGCUAUGUUGAACGAGUUGAGAAUGCAGAACUAUUUGAUGGUGAUAGAUCAAAACCAUAUGUUGUCAUCAACACAGAGUGGGGGGCAUUUGGAGAUGAUGGACGACUAGACAUUGUCCGCACAGAAUAUGACCGUGAAAUUGAUCAGCACUCCAUCAAUCCAGGAAAGCAACUACAUGAGAAGAUGAUCUCAGGAAUGUAUAUGGGUGAACUUGCAAGGUUGGUCCUGGUCAAGUUUACGAAACAAGGUCUUCUGUUUGGAGGAAGGGGCUCUGACCUACUGUUCAAGAGGGGGAACUUCUUCACUAAAUAUAUUUCAGAAAUUGAAAGUGACAAAAGAGGAAGCUAUGUGAACUGCCGGCAAGUGUUAGAUGAACUGGGCCUAAGCCAUGCAACUGAUCAGGACUGUGGCAAUGUUCGUUAUGUAUGUGAAAGUGUGUCAAGACGUGCUGCACAUCUGGUGUCAGCUGGUGUGGCCACACUCAUUAACAAGAUGGGACAGGAAAAUGUGACUGUGGGAAUUGAUGGUUCAGUGUACCGUUUUCAUCCACAUUUUCAUGACCUGAUGACUGAGAAGAUCGCCCAGCUUGUAACACCUGGCAUUAAGUUUGACCUCAUGCUUUCGGAGGAUGGAAGUGGACGAGGUGCAGCUCUAGUGGCAGCUGUAGCUUGUAGGGAUCAGUCAAGGAGACAUAAUAUGUAAUGUAUAAGACUAUGUUUAGAAGUGUUUGUACAUACUAGACUACCCGAGUUCCAAUAGAUGCUGUAAUUCUGAAGACCAAGAUGUAAAGCGUACUUGCUGUGAUAGUGGACAGAGCUACUGUUGGAGAUUGAUCAUCGAGGGUGGACUGAUGUGUAUAUGAAGAAUAAAUACCCGAAUGUGAUUGUAUUCAUGGGUAAGGAGUGUGUGUGAUAUUUGUAAUGAAGAGACCUGACCAAGUGAAUAAUCUUGCUACACAGCAUGAGUCUGAAGGAUGCAGACAAGAGUUUUAGUUCCAUAGGAACUCUUCAUAUGAACUUGUUUUAUUGUAACUUAUUUUAUGAAAUCUAGCAGUUGCUGUGUUUUUAAAUUGAUACUUUAGUCAUUUUUUUAAUUAUGUGAAUAUACAAACUGAAGAUAUUUUAGAUGAAAUUAUAAAUAAAUAUUGUUUUAGAAUUUUAUGAGUUUGUAUGUAGUAAAAGCCUUAAAAACAAAGUAACAAGAGACAUAUCUAAUGUACACAUGAAUACAGAGACCACAUAAUAUCAGAAUUUGUAUUCAUUGCUUUCUUCAUAAUCAUUUUUAGCAGCGGUAUCCCAGUUCUAACCUAGGACACACUGCUUGUUAAAAUGCAAUAACCAUGGAAAGAUGGCAACAGGAAAUAAUUUACAAAGCUACAUGAAGGUUGAGUUACUAUAAUUUAUGAAUUAUUGUCGGUAUUCAUGUGUAACUACAUUACAUUUAAAUGUUAAAGAGAUAAAACAUGUGAUAAAUGUGCCAUGGCAUAUGACAAUGGCUAAGAAAUAUCUGGUUCAGGAAAAGAAAACUGACAUUAAGGCAAAAUAAAUUAGGGUACCUGAUGUUAACACUGAAUGAAGAUUUAAAGAAAAAACCCUUGCAAAUACUACACAUUUCUUCAGUACAUUUGCUACACACAUUGUGUGCAUAGAGAUGUGAUGUGUAUAUAUACUUUGCAAGUGUGUCUGCCACAGAGUUUCAGAACACUUUCAGAUGGAAUAGGAAUCAGUAAUUCAGUGCACGCUUGCUUGCACACCCACAUACGAAAGAGGCAAAAGAUUGGUGCCGUGAAAAAUAGAAACAUCUCAGGAAAAGACACCAGUUCAAAUCGUGGAACAAUUCUUUGGACAUUAGUAUACAUGUCUGAUUUCUGCGGAGUGAAACUGCAUUGGAUAAACGUGUUUUCACAAUGCUGUUUCAACAGAAGUAUAAAGCUCUUAUGUGUCAAAUCUCUUCCAAAGAUCAGAUAAGAUAUUAGAAUUUUCAAUAUUAGCCACAUGGUACUCACAAGUAUAUAAGUGAGAGAAUUUAAUUGUACAUAGGGGGGAAAAUGGAAGCGGAGUUUACCUUAAUUUACCUAUGCCAGAAAGAUAAGCUUUCAUGAAACUUAUCAUCUAAACGAAAAUAAGUAAGCUACUGAAUUUUCUUCAGAAACAUUUUAUAAAA